AUGCUGCGGUUAUCGUUCGCCUACCGCAAGUCCCGGCACCACAAUGUGCUGCGGCGUGGGCGACCCCACAUGCAAAAGUACCGCGAGCUCAACCGGUGGCAGCGGCAGGCACAAGGCAUACGCAAGUGGGAUCAGAGCCAGUCACAUAGACCGUUGCCGUAUGUUGAGCGCUUUAACCCUGAAGGUGUCGGAGUGACGCGCGGUACGUCCGCCUUCGCAUGGCAGUGGUGGCAUACGCAGCAGCCAUGGUUGCCGAACGUUGCACCGGCCAACUACAUGGGAAAGAGAACGUCAAACACGUCUGGGGAAACGGCGGAGACGACGAAGUCGCCUGCGUGGGAUGAGGAGUUUACAACAGUCGUUUUAAGUAUGACGGAUUCGGAGAUUCGCGACUAUCUUGUUAGUAAACUCACAGACGUCAUCUUUGCCGAGACACAGCGUGACGGGUAUGAACUGCGACGGCUGGACUUUGAAGGAAACCCGCUCACCGCACUCCCAGAGCGACGCAUUAUCGAGAGUUUUGUACUUGAGGAGGAGACGCUGCGAGAACGUGUUAUUUAUCAAGUGGUAGAGGGCGUAUUUCGUCUAAGUCCAACGUCUACCGACAGGCGCGAACUUCGUAGCGUGGAAGCAAUUAUUGACUACGUCCUCACGCAUGUGUCCGCCGCACGACCGGAUUACGGGCGGCAUGUAACACCGGCCGCCUUGGCGGUGAUGCAGCAGUGUUCACUACAGCCAGAGCUUGGCUUCGUGCACGCCCUACCAGUGGACGCACGUGACACACUGCUGCAGGAAUGGGAACGCAUGUUUCAUUUAGACUGGCAGUUUGGUAAGGCCGUAUAUGAGCCACGCAAUCAUGAGGAUACGCGCGGCAAUCUCACGUGGCUGCGGGAGGAGCGGCACAACGCCGAGCGUGUGGAGUUUAUGAAGGAGGUGCUCAGUGGCGAGGCGAAGAGGCGGCACAUGGAGCGCAUCGCCGAAGCCGCCCGCGUGGACCCUCCCAAGGCGAUGCAUUGA